AUGUCGCGUGUUGCUACUCCCGCCGGCCAGAAGAUGAAGGCCAACAACAGCGUCACCUACCCAGCCGUCUCCAGCAAGGGCAGCGACGGCGGUGUAUUGCUUACUGACAACAUUCGCCAGCUGUCUCUCAGCAACGGCAACGCAUCCAUUUCGGCAGGCUCACCAGCCGUCACCCAAGAGGGCAGCUCUAAGGGCUUCACCCGCACAUCCACCCACUCGCAAGCAGUUGGCAUGCACUCAGCCGCAACUCCAUUCAUGCCAGGUGGCCAGUCUUCUUACUCCAGUGGUCCUCUUGCCCAAGUCUCCAAGUCCAAGCCGUCUCCAGUCUCCAUGCUGGCACGUGACAGCCAGCCAGACGGUCCCACCAUCGUGGAGAGCACCCCUAAGCGGGACAGCUACGUCGAUGGCUUCAACCAAAAGGCCGUUGGCGACGAAUCGCCCCGCGAGACCACUCCCGAGCAAGUUGAGCCUGUCGUCCGUUUCACGAGCGACACCGUGGCCGUCUACGGCAGUCACUUCGUCAAGGUCGUCAAGGUUGAGCAGGCCACCUUCGCCAAGCUCAUGGACACCUUGGACAGCGAUUAUCACUGGCAGACCAAGUUGCUUGGCCAGAGAUCUGACCACGCCGACCCAAGCAAGAAGUACGUGACGCUCUACUUCUGCUUCGAUGACCUGAGCGACGCGAAUGCGGCGUUCGACGACAUGUCUGUCGUCGCCAACGAUCGUUGGGCUCCAUCUCACGUCCUCCACGACGAGUAUGCUGCUGCUCCCGAUGGCGAUCAGGCCGAGAUUGGCAGAUACGACGGCCAGGUGUGCUUCGAGGCCACCUUCGACGACGUUCUGAGCAACGUCAACAUGCCUAACAUCAAGGAUGUGGUGUACAAGCUCGCCUGUGACUUUGGUCACGUCAUCGCCAUGUCCGAUGUCUCUUCCCACGGAGCCAACAGCGUCAAGUUCCGCGUCGAGUACUCGAAGAUCACUGCCGCUCGCGAAGCUCUCCGAGCAGUGACCAACAGCCCGGUCAACCACGAGGAGUGGACCAUUCGUGCCAAGCCAUGGGGCUCGUUGACCAAGUAUGCCAACGGAGACUUUGUCCCAUACACCCCACACAAGCAGGUUGGAACGGCCUCCAACGCCGGCACCUACACCUCUCCAUCCGGCCGCACGACUUGGAAGGUCAUGCCCGAUGGCAACAAGGUCAUCUGCGCGCCAGCCAACACCGUCGCAAAGGUCCUGAACGCGCCAAGCGACCAGAUCACUCUAGUCUCACGUGACCGCUGGAUGUCUGAGCCCAUGCCAUUCACUCCAUACCACUACGACCCGACCUACCAGCCACGUGCACAGUCAUGGUCGGCCAACACUGCCACCGGUCCACGCUACGCCAACACCGAGACAGAGCCUCAGUGUGUCCGCGUCGACCGCAUCAACAACGGCAUGGACGUCCGCACCACCGUCAUGCUUCGCAACCUCCCCAACAAGUGGGGCGUCACCGAGUGGAAGCAGAUGCUUGACAAGUACACCUUCGGAAUGUACGACUUCUCAUACCUCCGCAUCGACUUCGGAAAUUCGUACAACGUCGGCUAUGGCUUUGUCAAUUUCACCGAGUCACGCUACAUUGGCAAUUUCCUCGACGCCUGGAUGGGCCAAGAGUGGGAGCCGGGCCACCAUCCGGAGAAGCGCGUGCAGUUGUCAUACGCCACCGUCCAGGGCUAUGACUGCCUUGUCGAGAAGUUCCGCAACUCAUCCAUCAUGGAGGAGUUUGAGGGCUACCGUCCCAAGCUUUGGUACACCCCCGACACCGCACCAGCUCCAGAGUACAUCGGCACUGAGAAGAAGUUCGAUCCACCGAACAACCGCACCAAGCAACAGCGCUCGCGUGAUAACGCCGGCCACAUCGGCCUGUACGCCCCACGCAGCGGUCAGCGUGGCCAGGACCGAGCUCGUCGCUCGAACUUCGAUCGCGGCACACCUCGCCAGCUGCAGGAGGAUGCUGCCUGGCACGCUCAUCAGGGACUCUUCAACCCUGCCUUCGGCUUCCAGCAGGGCGGCCAGUACAUCACCGGCGGCCCAGGUCCCGUCGGCGCCCCUCCAGCAAUGUACCCACCGGCCAUGUACGCACAGAAUGCUGCCUUCGCCCCGUACGGCAUGAGCUACCCGUACGCGCCCCAGCAGUACGGCGGCCCAACCUUCAUGCCAGCUCCAGGUGCCUACGGUCCAGGCUACGGCAACGGCGGCUUCGCUGGCUACGGUCCACGCAACCCAGCCAACAUGUCGCGCACCAUCUCCCGCGGUCGCCUCGCUGGCGGUCGCCCCCAGAACGUCACUCUCUCACGUGACUACGAGGUGCCUCGCGCCUUCAACGGUGGCGACCAGUACGCUGGCCCAGCUCAGUCCGCCAAUGGCGGCAACGGCUACCAGUAUGCCGGCCAGUACUGA